CAGGCUACUCUGAGGGUGAAAAGGGGCCCGAAGAAGCGAAAGCAGUACAGAGAAAGAGAGGGAAAGAGAGAGAGAGGAGGGGCUGCUUGAGAGCUGACACUCCAACACCUGAUCUCCACACAGCUGGGAGGAAAACCACGCUGGACACGCUGUCUGAGGAGACAGAGUUGGAUGUGAGAGGUGGCGUGGCGCGGAGAGAGCGAGAUCAAGAGAGGGCACGCGAGUCCACGGCCGGAGCCAGCAGCAGCAGCAGCAGCAGCAGCAGUGGUGCAGGGGGAGGAGGAGGAGGAGAGAGCUCCAUGCAGUUCAGCACCAGACCGGCCAGCGCCGAGCCGGGCUUCAUGGGGACAUGGACACAGCAGAGCACUGACAGCAACCUCCUAUUCAGAAUGUCCCAGCAGGCCAUCCGCUGUACUUUGGUAAACUGCACAUGUGAGUGUUUCCAGCCUGGAAAAAUCCACCUGCGGACAUGUGACCAGUGCAAGCACGGAUGGGUCGCUCACGCUCUAGAUAAGCUGAGCACGCAGCAUCUGUACCACCCGACACAGGUGGAGAUUGUGCAGUCCAAUGUGGUGUUUGACAUCAGCAGUCUGAUGCUAUACGGGACGCAGGCGGUACCUGUGCGGUUGAAGAUCCUGCUGGACCGUCUGUUCAGCGUCCUCAAACAGGAAGAGGUUCUGCACAUCCUCCAUGGUCUGGGUUGGACACUCAGAGACUAUGUUCGAGGCUACAUACUACAGGAUGCUGCAGGCAAGGUUCUGGACAGAUGGACCAUAAUGUCACGGGAAGAGGAGAUCAUCACCUUGCAACAGUUUCUGCGCUUUGGUGAGACCAAAUCUAUUGUGGAAUUGAUGGCCAUCCAGGAAAAAGAGGGCCAGGCAGUCACAGUGCCCUCAUCAAAGACUGACUCUGGAAUCAGAACUUUCAUUGAAAGCAACAAUAGCACACGUAGUCCAGGCCUUCUUUCACACCUGGAGAACAACAGCCCCUCUAGCAUUCACCAUUUUGAGAACAUCCCAAACAGUCUGGCUUUCUUACUGCCUUUCCAGUACAUAAACCCAGUGUCAGCCCCCAUGUUAGGGCUUCCACCAAAUGGACUGAAUAUUGAGCAAUCAGGUCUCAGAAUGAGAGAUGCAAAUCUGCCCAGUCAGAGUGAGCCGGUGGAGACCAGUGAGUCUGAAGUGUCACUCUCACCUUUUCAUGGUGGUCAGAGCCCCAGUCAAGGACCAAUGGGGGCCUUACCUAACUCCAUUGAACCUAAGACAGAACCUAACAGAGCUUCACCCAUUUCUCCUACACCAUCCUCACAGCAGUCACAGCAGCCGCAUACACCACAAAAGCAACAGCAGCAGGGACAGCAACAGCAGUCAAGCAAUCUGAACAACCACCAAAUCCAUCACCAUUUUGAAAAGAAUGAACAAUCCAAAUCAAUGACCCACUCUUCUUUCUCUUCCAAAAUGCAUCGCAUGCGUCGAAUGGGAGCAACCUCACGCAAGGGUCGCGUCUGCUGUAAUUCCUGUGGCAAGACUUUCUACGACAAGGGCACCCUAAAGAUCCACUAUAAUGCAGUGCAUCUGAAGAUUAAGCACCGUUGCACAAUUGAAGGCUGCAACAUGGUCUUCAGCUCAUUGCGCAGUCGGAACCGCCAUAGUGCCAAUCCCAAUCCUCGCCUACACAUGCCCAUGUUGAGGAACAACCGGGACAAGGACCUCAUUCGUUCCAGUUCUGGCUCUUCCACAACUGUCAUAUCAAGUGCCAAAAGUGGCUUUUCUCUUACUAGCCCUGGACGGCCUCCACUAAAUUUUGCCACUCCUCCUCUCGACCCAAUGAUUCAGUCACCUCUGCAGAGCCCUCUUGUCUUCCCUUCCCUGAAGUCUGUGCAGCCAGUGCAACCCGUGCCACCAUUUUAUCGCACAUUGCUCUCUCCUGCUGACCUAGUUAGUCCCCCAGUCUCUCUGCCCACCAGUCCAAUCCUUCCUACCACAACAAACAGCACAUCUCUGAUGGACCAACAUCAACAGAUAUUGGCUGCUGGUUCCCAUAACACCCAUGUAGCUGAAAUAGUGACUUUUUCUCAUCGCCUGCCCACAUCUCCCAGUACCCAAGAUUCCACAACUCUUGACACUAUACCUAAAAAGAAGCCUCGCAAAUCCAGCAUGCCAGUCAAGAUAGAGAAAGAAGUGAUAGAUGUGGCAGAUGAUUAUGAUGACAAAGAUGAUGAUGAUGGUGAAGAUAGUUGUCACCACCACCAGCAUCCAUCCCACCUCCAUAACAAUAUCAAUGGCAACUGCAACAACAACAAUAACAGCAGCAGUGGUUAUCAUUGUGGGGGUGGUGGACACCAGUCUCCAUCAAUUGAUGAAAUGCACCCUAGUCUAGCCCUUAGAGGCAUGCUCCGUCCUGACCAAGAAGAGUGCAGUGGGAGCCUUCGAGGUAGAGGCACUGGUGACCUGCGCUGUAUUGACAGCUUUAGCUCUGAGGACCAAGAUCAUGAGCGUGACUUCGAAAAUGAGUCAGAGACAUCCGAAUCUAAGAUGCUCUACCGAGAUGAGCUGAUCGACACGGACGUGCAGCAGCCUACCCUAGGGAGAAACAUGGAUAAAGAACAGCAAGGGGCAGAAGAUGAAAGACGCCUCCGGAGAGAUUUAGAGGAACAAAGCCUUUCCCCACCCUCUCAGCACCAGCCUGUUAUCAAAAUCAAGGAAGAAAUCAAUGAUCCUACUUAUGACAUGUUCUGCAUGGGUCAGUACAGCCUUUACAAUGGUGGUAUGGCAGCCAGCAUGGCUGCCUUACAUGAAAGUUUUAUCUCCUCUAUGAGCUAUGGAACAAGCCCAUCAAAGUUCUCCUCUCAAUCCCCUGAGGGUGACCUCUGCUCCAGCCCUGAUCCCAAGAUCUGCUACGUCUGCAAAAAGAGCUUCAAAAGCUCCUACAGUGUCAAACUGCACUACAAGAAUGUGCACCUUAAAGAGAUGCAUGUGUGCACUGUGGCUGGAUGUAACGCUGCUUUCCCUUCCAGAAGAAGCAGAGACAGACAUAGCUCCAACAUUAACCUGCACCGCAAACUACUGACCAAAGAGCUGGAUGACAUUGUCCUGGACCCCCAGCUUACGACCCUGCCUAAGGAUCUCCGUGCUGAGUUCCUGUCAAAGAUCUAUGCUGGCCACCAUGUGGGACCGGAGGGGGUGGGGAGUGCUGGCAGUGGACUGCCACGAAGUCUAGGCCAUAAGGAGAUGGGAUCUCCAGCCGCUACUGAAUAUUCACACAGCAAUGGCUAUUACUGUGGCCCCAACGAUUACAUGGUGCUGGACCUGAGCACCGCCUCCAGCGUACAAUCAAGCGGCAGCAUGCAAUCCUCGCAGGAGUCUGAUGAAGGCAGCGAUGAGGGCAUCCUGCUGGAUGACCUGGAGGGUGCGAGUGACACUGAGGACUGCACCCCUAGUAUUAGGGCUCACGGUCUGGCGGGGGAAGGAAAGGAUGGAGAAGAGGCAAGGAAGGAUGGGAGAAAAGGAGGCAAAGAGGAAGGGCUUUUGCUCUGGGACCCCUCCUUCUCACCAUCCGUCUUGGCAUCCAGUGGAGGUAAUGGGGCAGGAGGCAUCCUUUGCACCAUCUGCCACAAAAUGUACAGUAACAAAGGGACCCUUCGGGUGCACUACAAGACUGUCCACCUGCGUGAAAUGCACAAGUGCAAAGUGCCUGGCUGUAACAUGAUGUUUUCUUCUGUGAGAAGCAGAAACAGGCACAGCCAGAACCCCAACCUACAAAAAUGCCCCUAUACAACAAUGAUUGAUUAGACCAUGCAUCCCUCCCUACCCCACAGCCAGAAAGCUUCUUCUACUCCACAUGACACCCUCCUCUCCAUUCCCCAGCAGCAUCCCCAUAAUGCCAUAAACAACGGCAUUGAUGUGCUGAAAACGUUGGUUACAAUGUACAAUUAAGUUGUAUUUGUCAACAUUAGUUAACUACAUUAGUUAAAAUGAACUGAAAUGAACAAUACAAUGCAGCAUUAAAUUAGUCUUGGUUGAUGUUCAUUUGAAUAAAUACGGAAACAUUUAUUACCCUAGAACGCAUAUGUAACUGCUCACCCCUUAAAUGCAAAUCCAGAUGCGUACUCUUUAUAAAACUACUUUUGGGGGAAAUUAACUCAUUUAAAUGUUUAAAUCGUUGAUAUAUCGUUGAUUAAAUUCUGAAGAGUUUCAGAGAAGUUUUAGGUUACAGUGUAAAAUCCUUGUGUAACAGAAAUAUGAGCAACGACUGUUAAAAUAUGAAACAUCUCAACAACUCUAUCCACACAAACACAUGCAUAUAAAUAGACUAGGAUAAACAUUUUUUUUUUUUAGCUUUAUUUAACUUGUAAAAUGACAAUCUUAUUUACUCUAAAUUGCUGUGUAACAGAAUUUUUCAAUAUUACUCUAUGUAGCUAUAUUAGUCUUUGGGAGGUCAGGCGUACAAAAACAAAAACUAAAGUUGCAGGUUGGAAUCCACUAAAAAGUGUUCCAGGAGCUCUGACCCGUGUGCCCUUGCUGUGAACGCGUCAUCUAACAUCAGGUUACUGAGGACUGUCCCUGUAAUAACUAUAAUGCCAAGCAAUUUGGACAUAGGCACAGGCUGAAUGACAACUUUCUAUACUUGCAUAUUAUUUAUACAUUUAAAUGUGAACAUGGCAUUUAUCAUAUAUUUAAUUGCAUAACUAAUAGAAACUAACAAACAGGCAAUGGGCCCCAUUUAAAGAGCACUAGCACUAAGCGCAGCAUUAUGCCAUUUGUCAUAAGCGCAAAGUCAAUGGGCAUGGCCGUGUAUUUUCGUGCCAGCAUGCGCUAAGUCUAGGCGCAAGUGGGUUUGGUAAAAUCGUGCACUCAGUGCACUAAUGGGCUGGGUCAAGUGGGUCCUAUUAUAUAGUCCAUUCUCUAUCAAGCACCAGCGAUAUAAACAAAGACAGCACACUCUUAAGAGGUUGGUAAUGUAAAUGGACUGUAUGAAAUGGGUUAGAAGAAUAAAAAUAUGGACACGCUACUUGUAUAUGCUUAUAUAUAAAGGUCAUGGUUUAUUUAGUUUAUAUCGCUGGUGCUUGUGGGAGAAUGGACUGUAUAAUAAGGUACAGAUGGUGCAAUAACCCGAGAAGAGCCUCAGAAUUGAUUUACACUUGAUCCAUACCAUUAGCACAUUUGCCAAACCCACUUGUGCCUAGACUUAGACAUGCUGGCACAAAAAUACCAAACUUCAUGGCCAUGCCCACUGACUUUGCACUUAUGCAGCUGUGUUUAGUGAUAGUGCUCUUAAAAUAUGCAAUGACCUAUUUCUCCGGAAAAGGGCAAAUUGUGCUUUACGUCACUUUAUUAACAUACAAUACACGCACAGAUAGCACUAACACUCCCAUGCCCACUUGUGCUUUGCACUGGCACGAGAAUUGCGCUUAGAAUUAGCGCUCUCAUGACAAUUGGAUAAGACAGGGGUUUUGCGUAGCGCACUCAUGCAAAUACAGCCCAGAGUAUUACAAAAUAAAAACAGCAUUAAAUAGAAUACGGUAGGAAACAUUGCAUUCUGGGGUAGUGAUCAUAAUAAAACAGAACAUUUCAACUAAAUUAAAAGAAAUGAUUUACAUGAUAGAAGACAUCUUAAAAACUAGACGCGAGGUCAUUUUGCACCCACAUAUGCGUUCUAGUGUUAAAACUAAAAACGUUGUUUAUGUGAACAUUAGUUAAUCCAUCAUGAACUAAGAUGAGUUAACGAUGAACAAUGGUAGUGUCGUAAAUGAACAUUAAACCAGAUUAAUAAAUGCUGUAGAAUCAUUGUUCAUUGUUAAUUCAUGAUACUAAUGCAUUUGCUAAUGUUAACAAAUACAACCUUAUUGUAACGUGUUAUCAAAAUAUAUUUUAUGGUAAGAAAAGUUAAAGCAGCAUUGUGCCCCUUUGACAUUUCCGUUUUUGGAAGCAUAGAGCCCUCCACCCCUGCCCCAAACUUCUGCUCAAUCUCUUAGUUCUGACUGUUGCCUGCAGUAAUGAUUAUAAUUGUGUAAUGAAUCCCAUACAAGAGCAUGAAUGUCUUAAAUAUGUAAAUAAUAAUGUCCCGAGGAGCUUUGGUGUAAAACAGUUGUAUUGAUGGUUGUUCUCUCUCUCUCUCUCUCUCUGUCUCUCUCUCAUUUGUUUUUUUUCUUCUGUUUUUUGUGUUGAGGUGGGGUGGGUGUUCUUAUGUUAUAGUCGGUAAUACAUUCUCUUAAGGUAAGCAAGAUGAAGUAGCAUCUACCUAGCUUGGUUCAUUUAUGUUGGCUCUAAAAUGUUUUACUUUUAAACAGAAAAAAGAAAAUCAUGUGACUUGUGACUUGUUUUAUCUACCUGUUAGAUAUACAGAUGGAGCUGGCAUGCUUUUAGCUCUAACAAUGUAUCUUUUUCUUUUAUUUUUCUCAUGUUUAUAGCUUUAGUAAAAAAAAAAAAAAAAAAAACAAUAGAAUAAAAA